UAAAGAAAGAAAGCAAGCAAGCAUGCAAGCAACAACAAUGGCCAAUUCCUCCAUCUUUCUCUUGACCUUCUUAUUUCUCUCAGCUCUGAUCAUCUCCUCACCCACCAUUGAAGCAAGCGGAGACCACAAACUGAGCUGGAUCCCCACGAAAGUCCCAUGCCAAGGCUCUGUAGCAGAGUGCAUUGGAGAAGAUGAAUUCCACAUGGGCUCUGAGAUAAGCCGGCGGAUACUGCAGACAGCGUCCACACAGUACCUAAGCUACGGAGCGCUGCAGAGGGACACCGUGCCAUGUUCCCAGAGAGGUGCAUCCUACUACAACUGCCAGCCAGGUGCAGAGGCCAACCCUUAUUCCCGUGGUUGCAGUGCCAUUACUCGCUGCCGUAAUUAAGGUUAUCAAAACCUGCUGUUUGUGUGGUCUUAUUUAUUUGUAUUUGAUUUCUUUUAUAAGAUGUGACAUUGCAACAAAACGAUGUUAUGUGUUUUAAUAAACUGUUAAUGGCCCAUGCUAAUAUUACUUUCUA